CUUUUCAGCGCCUACAGCAGAGAGAGAGAGAGAGAGAGCAGAGUAAUGGCGAAGAAAGAAGAAGAUGGAGAUGUACCAAAAAAAAAAGAAGAAGAUGGAGAUGAAAACAAGGACAAGGAAGGGAACAAUCUGCUGGGCCCGCCGACCUUCAAGAAACUUGAGAAUGGCAGGUUCAAGUGCGUGGAGACGGGCCACGAAUUGCCGAGCCACGCCAGGGACUCCUACGCUCAGAGCAAGCAUUGCCGUCUGGGCCUCAUCGACGCCGCCUUGGCCCGAAACAAACCUCCUCUCAACAUGUUCCAACAAGACCCUCAGUCCCGUUCGAAGUUAAUUUGUAAGCUAACAGGAGUUACCAUCAAUAAGUCUGAGGAGCAUAUAUGGAAGCACAUCAAUGGGAGGAAGUUCUUGAUCAUGUUAGAGAAAAAGGAAGCUGAAAAGCAAACACCCAAUGGAAUGAUAGGUGAGCAGAAUGAGGUGGCACAAGAGAAGAAAUCAAAGCCUAAGGCAGAUGGUGCAAAGAAAAGAAAGAAUAAGAAAGAGAAAAAUGUUGGACAAAUUGCUCAAGAAGCAAGGGAUUCUUCUGAUAAGGAAAGUGAUUUGGGAGAAGCUGAGUUCUGGAUGCCUCGGGUGGGAGAACGUUGGGAUUUUGAGGAUGGAGGAGAUCGCUGGGGUUCUGGGUCAGAGGUGGCUCCAGAAACUGAUGGUGGUGAUGGAGAAGAUGGUGCAACUGAAGAUUGUAACAAUAAUUCAAAGGAGCUUUCAAAGCGGACAAAGCGAAUGUCCAUAGAAAUCGGACCCAGUAGCUUUGCUUCAAGGAAGAAGAAGAAGAAGAAGACCACCUCGACAAAAUAAGGGUGCAUUAAACUGAUUUUCAAAGCCAUCAAGGAACUGCAAAUUAUUUAUACUGAGGUCAUCUUUACUUUGAAAUCGAGGCCAUUUGUAGCAUUGAAGAUGGACUGUGAGGGUUGGGAACUUGGGAUGUGCAUUUUUAGUCUGUACGGAAUAUUUAUUUUGGCUCUUUUGGGUGGUGUAGAUUUAUUUUUCUUUUGGUACUGUGUAGAACUAGC